UUCUAUAAAAAGUGACGUAAUAUUACUCUACAGGUCGUCACACUCCCAGUAAGAUGACCAUAUACUCUACCUGUCAGCUUGAACAAAUAGUAACCCUUACAGUCAAGUAUUAACUGGUUAUUAUAUUUAUUUUCUACCUUCUGCCUUAAACCAAUGCUUUUGCGUAUGGAAGAAAGUGCAAGAAGUGAGGAAGAUUCACAAUAGAGGAACAGAUAGACGGGAGGAAAUAUAGAAGACAAAAAGACAUUUAUCCGAGCCGUUUAUCAGCUGCUUCAACACGUGGUGAAACACAUAUUAUAACCUUACAACUGCAAUAUGGAGGUAGUAAAUAGUAAGGGGGCAGUGCUGAGCAACUGUGAAGUAUUUACACUGCUGCAAGACUUGUGCCAGCAAGGUAGCAAAGGCAGACGUAACCUUGCAAAGACUCAAACACACCUCGCCAACAUUGCUUAUGAUACUCUGAAAUAUUUGGAAAAAACUCCCUGUAGGAAUCAGACUCCAGAAAUUAUCCAAAGAUUCCUUCAAUCUGUGAAAGAAUUCAAGCUUACCAAAGCUGAGAAACUGCAGCUGAUUAACCUGCGACCAACAACACCAGUGGAAAUGCAGUUGAUAAUUGAAGAGAGUGAGGACAGGCUGACUGAGGAACAAGUAGAAGAACUUAUUUCACUGGUGGAACUGCACUUCUCAGACAAUAAUGCUGGUACACAUCAGAUGGUUAAUGGUGCACCUGGACAAUAGCGAAGGACCUAUCAAGACUCGCCUCCUUUUUGUAUUUCAGACUAAAUUUUAUUUAUGAAAAAGAUGUUUUACCGCAUGUGAUAUUAAUAUUUUUAAAACCAAAAUGAAAAGAAAUCUUGUCAUGCAGUGUGGGUACCAGAAUGGGAAUGCCGAGAAUACUUGACACUUUGGUUUAUGUAUUUAGCUGGAAGGUUUUACCCAAGAAACAACUAUACAGCUUCUAAUCACCCAGUAAAUUUUGCCAUCGACAGCUAAUUUUGUGACUACAGUACGGGAAGUUACAGUACAGUAUAACCGGUAUGCUUUUCAGCCCAAGAUUUCGGUUUCCAAUUUUACAUAAUUUUUUUGCAACCAUCACACCAUCGUAAAUUUUUUGUUCAACGAAGGUAGUUUUUACCUACAUUAUAAUGAGAGAAAUGUGACUAAUAAGCAAGUCUUCUGCAAUUAUAUGUAAACCUAGCAUUAGUGUACAAGAAAUAUGGAAUGUGCUGCAGUUAUUCCAUAUCUGUAAGGGCAUAAAAUAUGUAUUCACUGCUCUGUACACAAGGGUUACAUUGAAAUAUUUUAUUUGAGGUGUUAUGGUUUAUUGUAAUUUUUUAACAUUCCAAAACUUCGUUCUGUCAUUAGCUCAAUUAUACUCGUAUGCUAACAUAUAGGGCAUUGAAAAUCUGUAGCAAGAGUUAUGUCCAUAUAAGAACCAUAUCCUCCAACAGUUACUGGCUCAGAUUUUAAGUCAUGAAAUAAAACUUUGGAUCCAGUAGAAAACCUUUCAAGCUCAAAAAUAUAAAGGAUUAGUUUUUCUAACUUCCUAUGGUUAAUCUUUAUAUUUUAAAUCAAUGUAGAAAAACAGCAUAUUACGGUAAUCAGUUUUACUUUGGGUUUAUCAUGUGACUGCCUUUACAUGCCAAAUGGUGUGAAACAAGUUGUCAGCUAUUGCUAUUAUGAAAAUUAUGGUAAUUGUUAAAUAUAGCUAUGUUAUUCCUGCUUAUAACAUUAUUUUAUAAAAAAUAAAUUAUAUAAAUAAA